AUUGGUCAGAAUCAAGGGCCUCCUCCUCCUCCUCUUGGCCAAUGGAGAGACGACGGAGGCGGGGUCAGGCUGUGGGUCAGACUGAUAACCCACCUGGUGUCAGACCAAGUCGGAUGGCAAUGGCGGUGGUGGUGGUUGCUGCGGCUGCGGGUUUACGGACCCAGAUGCUUCGGGUUUCUUCUAAGAUACCUACCUGGUACCCAGCAACCUUUUUUUCCUCAUCUUCAGUGCCAACAGUCAAACUUUUCAUAGAUGGGAAAUUUGUUGAAUCUAAAACUGACAAGUGGAUUGAUUUUCACAACCCGGCUACAAAUGAAGUGAUUGGUCGAGUUCCCAAAGCCACACAGGCUGAAAUGAAUGCUGCUGUGGAGUCCUGCAAACGUGCUUUUCCCUCCUGGGCAGAGACAUCUGUACUAAGCCGCCAGCAGAUCCUGCUGCGUUAUCAGCAGCUUAUCAAAGAAAACUUGAAAGAAGUUGCUAAGUUAAUCACUUUGGAGCAAGGGAAGACCCUGGCUGAUGCUGAGGGAGAUGUGUUCCGAGGCCUUCAGGUAGUUGAACAUGCCUGUAGUGUGACAUCCCUCUUGAUGGGAGAGACCAUGCCUUCCAUUACCAAAGACAUGGACAUUUACUCCUACCGCCUACCUUUGGGUGUAUGUGCAGGCAUUGCUCCAUUCAAUUUUCCUGCCAUGAUUCCUCUCUGGAUGUUCCCCAUGGCCAUGGUGUGUGGGAAUACCUACUUGAUGAAGCCAUCUGAACGAGUACCUGGUGCAACAAUGUUCCUUGCCAAGUUGCUGCAGGACUCUGGUGCCCCAGAUGGGACACUGAAUAUCAUCCAUGGGCAGCAUGAAGCUGUGAAUUUUAUUUGUGAUCAUCCGGAUAUAAAAGCAAUCAGCUUUGUGGGCUCCAACCAGGCUGGAGAGUACAUCUAUGAGAGAGGGUCAAGAAAUGGCAAGAGAGUUCAAGCAAAUCUGGGAGCUAAGAAUCAUGGGGUGGUCAUGCCAGAUGCCAAUAAGGAAAACACUCUGAACCAACUGGUGGGAGCAGCUUUUGGAGCUGCAGGGCAACGCUGUAUGGCACUGUCUACAGCCAUCCUGGUAGGGGAAGCAAAGAAAUGGCUGCCAGAACUUGUGGAGCGUGCAAAAAAGCUUCGGGUCAAUGCUGGAGACCAGCCGGGAGCUGAUUUGGGCCCUCUAAUCACCCCACAAGCCAAAGAACGAGUUUGUCAUAUCAUUGAGAGUGGAACAAAGGAGGGAGCCUCAAUUCUUCUAGAUGGAAGAAAAAUUAAAGUUAAAGGCUAUGAAAAAGGCAAUUUCAUUGGACCAACCAUCAUCUCAGGCGUCAAGUCAAAUAUGACCUGCUACAAAGAGGAGAUUUUUGGUCCAGUUCUAGUGGUUAUGGAGGCAGAGUCUUUGGAUGAAGCCAUCAAGAUGGUGAAUGACAAUCCAUAUGGAAAUGGAACUGCUAUCUUUACCACCAAUGGAGCCACUGCUCGAAAAUACUCUCACUUGGUGGACGUGGGGCAGGUGGGUGUGAAUGUCCCUAUUCCAGUGCCUUUGCCAAUGUUCUCAUUUACGGGCUCUCGCUCUUCCUUCAGAGGAGACACCAAUUUUUAUGGCAAACAGGGCAUUCAAUUCUAUACACAGCUAAAGACCAUUACUUCUCAGUGGAAAGAAGAAGAUUCCUUGCUAUCUGCACCUGCUGUAGUUAUGCCAACUAUGGGCCAUUAAAAAUAACUUUUAGCAGACUUUUUUCCAUCCUGAGUAACCACUCUAUCUACUUAACCAUCUCUCUAAAUCAGCUUGCCAACUGCAGUUAGAUUAUCCACACACAGUGCUUUGGAAAUGGAGUACUCUAGCCAUAUCCUCCUUAGGACCUCCUUUCCCUAUAUAGUGAUUUUGUUACAAUACUGAGACAGACACCUGGUGGUCAGAUUUUCAGUCUGGGCCUUUCAGUUGUGAAGUGACUUUUAACUGUGGAAUUCUUAUAUAAAGGGAGAAACUGAGGAAUGGAGUCAGGGGACAUUAGGGUCUCCAAAGAAGACCUUCCAAUAAUUGGUGAAAGAAGCCUUAAAACACAAUAGAACUGGACACUGUCUACUUUUUGGUCCCCAAAACAUAACCCUCCAUAAUAGUAUUAGUGAUUUACUAACCAUUUUUUUAAUGGUUCUAUCUUCUACUUCAAAUUGCCAUGGCUACAAACACUUUUCCCCCAGAGUACUCUGGAAAAAUAACUUUUUUGUUCAACUAUUGUACAUUAGAAAAGUGGACAUAAACACAGUGCAUUAUUUCAGCAAACUAUUCCAAGAGUUUUAUUAGACUUAGAAAUAAUGAGAUCUUACUGUGAGAUGUAGAAGGAAUCUUUCAGAAAUAAGUUUUAUUAUCAUAUUUCUUUCUGUCUUAUAGGGAGGAACUCUACUUUUCAUGUAUAUGCUCUUCUGAACUCUCAUCUAUUUUUCAUCAUUUGAGCAGAGGGCAUUUCAUUUAUAGUAAUCUCUUGGCAUAAGAGAAAUUUCAAUUCUUUCCAUGACACAAAGAUAUUAUAAGGCCUGGACUGUAUUAUCAUGACAGCAAUUAUGACUGGCAUGCUUUGUUUCAAGUGACCUUAUGCUAGCUUUCCUUUCUUGAUCAGAAUGGAACUAAAAGAUAAAGAUGUUGACUUUGAGUAGAUCUUCUCUUUUUUUCCUGCUGCUUCUAUAUGUCUUCUAUAUCCUUUUAUUGUGGUAUAUAUAUCAUCAGCCAGUGAACACAUUUGCAAGCUCAAGUAUUCAUCACAUAGGAGCCUUUGACUUUUGGAUGGGGGCUGGAUCACUUAUAGGAUAAUCAGAUUUAAAUCAAAUCAAGGGAUUUUGGAAAUGAUCUCAUCUAAUGCUAUCUUUUUAAAUAUGAGAAACUUACUUGUCUUUGUCUCCAGUUAAGUUGUCUUGACCUUAACUCACUGGAGUAUUUAGUGAAUUAAAGAUUUUCAGUUAUUUUAAAACA